UUUAUUUUUUUUAUUUUUUAUUUUUAUUUUUAUUUAUUUUUGUUUAUUUAUUUAAUUUUAAACCAAGGGUAUUAGGGAUAUUUUACCCUUUAAUGAAUGUCAUUUUUGUGACUUUCUCCUUCUAAUGUCAUUUUUGAGACAUAAACUUCAAAAUGUGCUAUUAUUGACAAUUACCCUAUUUUAUAUGUAAACUCUUAUGUCACAACAUCAUCUUUAUAUUUUGUAAGAGUUACAUUGGUUGAGUUAAUGAGAUACAAGAUUUACUUGGCAUAUUUUAGACUAAUUUAAUAGUAUUUCAAGGGGUUUUAAUAACGUUUACCAAUAUUUUCAUAUUCGACCCAAAUCCACGGACGAACUUGCAAAUAUGGUGAUUCAUAUAUAUAAUUUAGUUCAGAUUUAGUUAAAACCCGAUAUUUAAAAACUAUAACCCGUUAAACUCCUAAAAUUCUUCAUUAUUGGUUUAUCCGAUAAAAACCCAUAUAAAUUUGAUGAUAUUUGUUUUUAAAAUGAUUAACCUUUUAUAUAUUUUUAAUAGUACAUAAAUUUGAAUAAACUAUAUGAUUUGUUUUCUUUUAUAAUUUUGAUAAUACCUUUACUAUAUCAUUUAAAUUUAAUGAAGAAAAUGGUGAUAGAAAACUAAAAUUUAUUGUUAAAAAUAUCUUUUAGAUAUCUUUUUCUGAAAUAUUAAAUAAUGUGUUAGGUUACGGCAUAUAUUUUGGUAGUUAUCUGAAAAUAUUUCUUUUAUUUUAAGAUUUUGUUCGCCUAAUAUUUUGGUUGUUACUAUUUUGAAGAGCUAAAAAUAUUAACCUAAUAUGGUAAAGGAUUCCGAAAAUUCUGGUAUAAAUGUACCCGUGAUAUUUUUUUAUAGAUUUCAUUUUACUAUGUUUGGUUUAUAUUAAGAAAAUAUUUAGUAAAUAAAUACUGAGAAUAGAAAAGUAUAUUCUCAAAUGCGCAGUUGAUGAUUUUGAACUUUAAUAUAUUCAAUUUAAUCUGCUACAAUUAUAUUUUUAAUUGUAAAGAUCAUUCUCAGAUGUGGAAGACAUGAACAUACCUCAGAGAACUUGUUUUAAGGUUUUAUCAUGUCCACUUGAAUAGUUUGCUCCACCAAAAUCCUUUUCUAAUGUAGUAUGUUUGUCAAUUGUCAUCUACAUUAGAGCUCUAAUAUAAGAAAAAAUUAAUAUGCCAUGUAAGCAAAUAGUGCAUGAGAAUGAUGUAAUUCAAACUAUAACUAUGAAUCAAUCUAAAUCCUGUUGCAGAAUUCUAAAAGAAUGUAGUUGCAAGUCUGAAAUCAUCGAACAUAAAUACAUUAAUAAAGAAAAUUGGUGAUAUAUUGACAAUUUUAAAAAACUGAUCAUACUAUGAUAUUAGGUGAACUUUGAUAUUUGACUAUGAUGUUAUUUCGGUUUCAUGUAUCAUAUUAGUCUUCUGAAUUAGAAUAGAGACAAAUUAAAAAAAUUAUUGGAAUACAUAUGUAUUACGGGGACAAAUGUUAUAUGUACCAAUAACUGUUGAACGAAAAUAUGGGUAACAAUAGCAGAUUACAUAUAACGUAUAAAAGUAUUAUUGAAUAAUGCUAUUAUAGAACUUGAUUGUUUAUAAUAAGUUAAGUUAAAAAUGAAAAGGUCUAACAACUUUAUACAAGUAGAUUUUUUAAUACUCCUUUAUAGAUUAUUAGCUUUGAUACUCCAUCUGAACCCGAAAUUAGGUUAAUCUUCACACGUGUACGCAUAUAAGUGGCAGAUCACUGCCAACUCAGAGCCUCUCAACAAACCAAAACCUGCUUCGUCCCGGUAAAGUCGAGCUCUAGGGGCAAAUUCGUAAAUACAGGGAAUUAUCAAGACCUCAACAAGUUGUUAUUUCCCGCCACGAUAUCGUUACGCGAGUCUCCACUCGUCACUUUCAUUAAUCUCUGUAACUGACAUCAAGAAGGAGCUCUCUGAAACAACGACAAUGGCCGCCACCAUCGUAUUCAUCCUCAUGCUCGCGAUCACCUCCUCAACCGCCGUGGCCGAGACGCAGGGACCUUCUUCUUCUCCACCGGCUCCGACUUGCUCGGAGGAGCUGGUUAUGUUCUCUCCAUGCAUCCCUUACGUCUCGGCUCCGCCAAACAACAUCUCAAAGACGCCGGAUGCUCUUUGCUGCUCUGUUUUCUCCACUUCUGUUCAUUCCGCCGCCGGAAAGUGCCUCUGUUAUCUUCUCCGCCAGCCGAUGAUCCUCGGAUUCCCGCUCGAUCGAUCUAGAUUGCUUUCUCUUUCUCAGAUCUGUACCGAAUUCCAGAGUUCCGACGAAUCUUUCGAGUCUCUUUGCUCUCCCUCAGUGUCGCCUGAGCUUCCGCCGCUUCAGAGUAUCCAGUUCACGUCUCCCUUUGACUACGGUGAUCGAGACUCUGCCUCUCCUCAAUCGCUUGGCUUACCACCGGAAACCGCUAAGGAUCCACCAAUCUCCGAUCAGUUCUCGCCUGAUAUAGAUAACGUCUCACCACAACUCAUCAUCAACGGCUCUCCAAUGAUCAGCAACCUGUUGUUGUUUCUCACGACCAUCAUCAUGACUUUGGCCACUUGUAUCCUCACUCGCAUCUGAUACGAUUUGUUAUUACUUUCCUUCCAUAUACAAAAGCAUAGCAUGUUCUCUCUUAUAAGAAAAAUGUUUCCAUUUCAAA